AUGGCGUCCACGGCCAAGCCUCAAAUCGCCAUUAUAGGCGCUGGUCCCGCCGGCCUGACCUUGGGCCUCCUCUUGCACAGACAAGGCGUACCUUUCAAAAUAUAUGACCUGCGUGCCAGACCGACCGAUGAGGAGUUCACACAACAAUCCGGCAUGCUGAACCUCAACGAGGGUACCGGCCUGUCUGCUAUCCGGGCCUGCAAUCUAUACGACGAGUUCAUCGGACUCACUGGGCAAUGCGAAGAAGCAGACGUGAUUGCUGAUAAAGAAGGCAAUAUUCUGCACGCCGACUCUGGCAGUGGUGGCCGGCCAGAGAUAUCGCGGCACGACCUCACCAAGCUCUUGUUGUCUCACAUUCCCGCCGAGUGCAUCUCGUGGGAACACAAGCUUUUGCAGGCGACCCCCAGCAGCAGCGCGAGUCAGUAUAUCCUGGACUUUGGAUCGAGGGGCACUAGCACUGUAGACUUGGUGAUUGGCGCCGACGGUGCCUGGUCGCGCAUCCGAUCCCAGCUCACGGACAAGAAGCCUCACUACAGCGGCGUGACCUUUAUCACGCUCACCAUCCCCGACUUCACCACUCGCUAUCCUCACCUCGCCGAGUUUGUCGGCCCCGGCACGUUUGCCGCUCCGGGCGACGACGGCAAUGUCGUCAUGUGCCAGCGCGGCGUACGUGGAGCCGCGAGAAUUUACCUGGCCCUCAAGACCACUGAGGACGGGGUGGCAGAGUUUAGUGGACUGGGCAAGGCAACGGCCGCCGAGGCAAAGGACAAGCUGCUGAGCCUCGAAUCCGGUGACGGCAGGUGGAUGACAUUUGGAACUUUUGGGCCCAAGCUGCAAGAACUGAUUAUUCGCGGACUCGAGGAUCAGUCUGGCCCUCUGGAUAUCAAGCCCUUGUACAUGCUUCCUGUCGGCCAAUUAGCGUGGCAGCAUAAGGCCGGUGUCUCUUUAAUUGGCGAUGCAGCACAUUUGAUGACUCCAUUCGCAGGAGAGGGCGUCAAUCUGGCAAUGCGCGAUGCUCUCGACUUUUCCACAGUCAUCAAGAGUGCAUGGGAUGCGGCAAACGGCAGUUCCAAUGGAUUAAAGGCGUUCAACGGGGCACUCGAAUCUGCUCUGCCUGAUAUCGAGAAGCAACUUUUUGAGAGAUCCGAAGAGACGGCCGAGGAAACAUGGCGAAACUUGGGGCUCUUCACCAGCCCUGGAGCGGCGCCUAAACUGGCCGAGCUGUUUUCGUCGCACGGGCCGCCCGCAGAGAUGGAGUAG